UGUGUCCAUGAGUUGCUUAGCCGGCGAUUUUAUUUAAUUUCACGAAAUUCUACGAAUAAAUCAGCAAAAUGGAUGAAAUAGAAUAUAAAUUGAACACGAACAAUAGUGUUUUAGUAGUGAACGCAUUCGAUAAGUUAAUAUCCACUAUAAAAUCGAAGUUUAAACUCGCGGAGAGACAGAAGUUUGUGGUAGAAAAUGAAGAGUUGAGGUUUUUGAGAGAGAAAUGCGCGGCUAAGGACAGUUUGGUGAGUCUGACGGCGUGUCAGGGUCUGCUUGCGUUAGUGCAGCUGGGAGUGCUGGAAAUAGGACACACCAUGUCCACUGUGGUAACCUUACUUCCCACGGCACACAACUAUUCAGCAAUCAUCUCUACAAUGGCAGGUCUUCUCAUCCUAGACUUGAAAUCCCGCCUGGUGCCGGGGCAGCCGUACACCUGCCAGUUCUCUCUGCGGUCUCCACUGCAUCCAUUCAUACCGGUGCUCGAGAAGAACAAGGAUGCGGAGGAUGAUGUCAUUGCUCAGAUGCAUGCUUUGUGUACUCAUCCUGAUUAUACUGUUUCAUCAAACAGCCUGGAACUCCUGCGUCCAGUGUUCCUAUGGCUGACAUGUUCUGGCUGCAUGUCUGGGUUGCGUCCCUGGCAGCUGCUGCUUAGCCUGCCACCCAGCCAGCCGCAGUGCGACCUGUUGCUCGCUUGUAUUAGUUGUCAACAGAUUUGCAACCCUAAGCACAUAGAGCGCGCAUUUGCAGCAUACUCUACUGUGAUGGACGCAGCAGUGUUCCAACAACACGCGGAGUAUGUGGUCGCCCUACUCCCCAUGUUAGCCAGGAUAUCUAACGAGCUCGUUAAGUUCGGCCGCGACCCCCGCGCGUGCUACGUGCUACUGGAGCGCGGCACGGCAUCCGAGGCGGGGCUCCAACACGCCGCCACGCUGACCCUGGCUAUACUGGCUGAGAACUUGGUGCUCACGUCCGCUCUGCAUUUACACGAGCUGUUCAACUUAGGUCUAAACAUAAUAAGCAAGUUCGAGUGCUCUUCGUUAUCCCUGAACAUCUUCACUGCUCUAUCACUACAGUGGCUCCAUCUACCGUCCUACCUCACCACCUCUGCCUUGAAAGUCGCUUCGAAAAUUCUAGAACUAUACCAACAAAGCAACGGCGAAGACUCGAGACUUCACAUGCCGAACUUAAUAAACAACAAAACCUUCCAAACUUUACUAUACACAGAUGGCCACUUAUCCGUCAUGUUCAAAGUCCACGAAAUCUGGGAACGAUUAAGGGAUAACCCGGAAAAAUUAAACAGUUGGUUCGAUGAGUUGAAAACUAUGGAUGACUUGGUAAGGUUGAAAUUGUUGCCGUUUUUCCUCGGUGUUACCCUGGAAAGACGAAAAGACGCGUGGUUCGAGGGCGUUACAAUAAAAGCUGUGGAGAUUUUGACUGGGUUGGUUAAUGUGAAGAAUGAGGUGUCAGUACAAGUUCUGCCGGUGUUGCUGUAUAAAAUUGCGCACGAUCCGUCUCCGAAUGUGAAGAUGGCUUGCCUUAAAGCGCUGCCCAUUAUGGCGAAGACUAAGGUGAAUGUGCCAACCAUAGUAGCUGUACUAAACAAACUGAAGGCCAAUAAAGGUGUACCAACAUCCUUCUUAAUCAUGCUGUACGCCAGUUUGGCUGAGACACAGGUGAGAUGUUUCCCUUACCUGCAAGAGAUGUUAGUAGACCCUGGUCCGGGUAGACCGGAUGACCUCAAGUGGGAGACAGACAUCGCGCGUGCCCUCGCCGUCAGGAGGAUCUGUGAGAUUAGGGCGUCAACCCACGGCCUGGAGUUGGUCUCCGUGAUAUCGUCCAUCCUGAACAAAUGCACGGAGCGUGGCGGCGCGGUGGCCACGUCGUCCGCGCUGGAGGCGCUGGUGUGCAUGUGGCGCGGGGCGGCCGUGGCGCCGCCCAGCACGUGGCGAGCGCUCGAGCCCAAGCUGGGGAGGGAUACGCGGCCACAGGUGCAGAUCAGCAUCUGCAAGCUGCUAUCGGAAGUGCCAGGGCUCCGCGUGUCGACCCCGGAGUACGACAAGCUGGUGUCAGACGCGGCGCGGCGCCUGUGGGGCUGGGUGGCCGAGAGCCACCAGCCCGACGUGGCUGAAGCUGCUUGUGAUGCCCUGGGCGGGUUCAGGAUCGAGGAUUACAAGCUCAAGGAUAUUCCUGAGAUCUACAGACGUACAGUGAAGCUUCCAGCGUCGUACUGCAAGACGCCGGCUGACGCGGCGAGGAAACCCGAAGACGUAUUGGAUUAUAUCCCGUGUGAGAUCUGGCCAGAGGUCUUCAAGUACACGAACCAAGCGGCGUUGGGAGGUGUACAGCGCUUCGUGACGCGCCUCAUAGAGCGCGAGAUACGCGGUUACCGCAGCGGGGUGUACCAGCCUGAUGCCAGGGCUGAGCCCGCGGAUAUGAGCUACCUGCCUGCCACCAGCGUCGUCAGGGGGCUUAUGCAUUGUUUCAAGAAACAAGCAACGAAUCCUUCCUACGAGUUUACAGACGCGGUUCUCCUCUCGAUCCUCAAUACCCUCACUGAGGAGUAUCCUAAACCUCUACCUCCCAUAGACCUGUGUUUCGUACAUGAAGUGUACCACCGAGGUGCGCUAUGGCGCGGCGGCUGCGUGAAGUUAGCUGCGAGACAGGCGCACACGUCAGGGUCCGCUAGACGGUUCGUUGACAACUAUCUUCAGGGCAUUACUGAGGAGUCUGAGAAAUCCGACAUCCUUCUAGUCUUCGAACUUCUACCGAUUCUCUGUCGAAGUAUGCCACCGAACUCUCUCAGAACACCAAUAGAAAGAUGCUUGGCAGAAUCUUAUAGAGAAAUAGAAAAUAUAAAGAUAAAAGAAAGUAAGAAAGUAGAUGUUUUAGAGGAGAAAGAAGAGUAUCUGUUUAUAAAGCAGUUGGAGAUGAUAAGAGAAUGCCUGGAGAGUGAGAAGAUUCAUGACGCCAAUAGGACUCUUCUGUCGCAGAUCGUCGAGACUUACUUCUCUCUUAUUGAUGAUGACAAUGUGUCGUGGCCCACGUACGUGUCAGUGUGCAGGGCACUACCGUCGCUGCCCGUGGAGCGCAUGUCGUCCCCCAGCAGCUGGUGGGAGGUGACGUCACAGGCGCUGCGCCGCGCGUGCGCCGUGCGCUGCGCCUUCGCCGUGACGUCACCGGCGCCCCUCGUGUGGCUCAACGAGCUCAUUGACGCGCAGGCGCAGCAUUACACGGAUCAAGAGUAUUCCCUCCAAUGCAUGGUGCCAGUUCUAAAGAGUGCAGACGUGGAUGCGGAGUCCACAAGGGAGUGGUUCCUGCAAUUACUGGCGCGGACGCAGGUCGCUUUCAAUGAAACUGAAGAUUUAUCAUCGAAGCUGUACUUAUGCGAUGUGUUCAUGCUGACCGUGAUAGUCCUGAGUGGGCACAGCAGCUUACAAGGAGGUGCCACGAGGCAGGCGCGGCUCGCUGCCCUGCCUGCUGCGGCCGCGGCGCUCGCAGGCCGGCAGCACUGGAAGGGGACCGUCUUACAGCUGCUGGAGUGGCUGUGCCACACACGGGGCCGCGUGCCCGAGGCGGGCGUGUGCCGCGCCUGCGAGCGCGCCACGCUGGCGCUGCGGCACGCCGAGCCCUACAUGGCGCACGGGCUCUGGAAACGACUAGAAAGCCACUUCGGCAAGAAUACUACGGAUAGUGAAGAUUGAAAGAGUGCGGACUCUUUACGGCCGCGGCUGUCCUUUUUCUUUUCUAUAGAUAAGAAAAUGACAGGUGUAAUUUAAAAUAAAAUUAAGUUAGUGUUGGUCAUAAUCGACAUAAUUCUAUCGUUAAAAAGAACUGACUUAUCUAUCGUUGUUUACAUUAAGUUUUUGUAAUUUGUAAAUAAAAUACUUUAUUAGAUUACACAAGUUGUUUAUUUA